AUGGAGCCGAUGAGAAGUCAAGCGCUGAAGUUUUGUUACAGGCGGUUGGUGGGGAGGCGGAGCACCGACACGCUUACCCGAAGCUGGAGGAAUGUGAUCGGACGGGUGAUAGGAAACAGUAUUCCUCAUUAUGCGUGUUCCCGGGCAUUUGUCAGCAGUUGUGGGAACAUUGCACCACAGAGCAAGUUGCAGCCGAAAAGCACCUGUAGUUACUAUCACACACGGACGUUUUGUGCGUCUCCUCAGAGCAGGUUGUGCUGGAGCUGUCAGUCUGUUGUGAGCCAUGCUGACUUUUUCUGUCCCUCCUGCAAUUCUCUGCAGCCCCCCGAUGAAAGGAAGGACUAUUUCCAAGUGCUCGACUGUGAAACAUCGUUUGAUCUCGAUAUUCAAGAACUGCAGAAAAAAUACCGGAAUCUCCAACGUUUUCUUCAUCCAGAUUACUUUAGUCAAAAGUCUCAGAUUGAACGAGAUAUUUCAGAGAAACACUCUUCUUUCGUCAAUAAAGCUUAUAAAACUCUUCUGUCUCCGCUAGAAAGAGGAAUAUAUCUGCUCAGUAUCCAGGGCAUUACAAUUAAGGAAGGUGCUGACAGUGGAAUGGGCCCUGAAUUUCUAAAUGAAAUAUUGGAAAUCAGUGAGCAUCUUAAUGAAGUUAACACUAGUAGAGAAAUUGAAGAUGUUGGGCACACCAUGCAAGACAAGUGUGAAAGAUUAAUAGAAGAUAUCAGCAAUGCAUUUCAGCAAGGUGACCUUCAUGGAGUUAAGACGCUGUUAACAAAGAUGAAAUAUUAUUCAAACAUACUAGACCAAGUUAAAAAGAAACUAAUACCUUAGAUAUUUUUCAUACUUGACUUAUACUGCACCAAGUAAAAGCACUCAACGAUUUAAGCCAUGAAGAAACCAUCUAUCACUUUCUAAGCAUCACAGAUUGUAUAGUAAACUGGCUUUGGAUGAAUUUUAUACUGUUUUAUUAAACAAGUCUGUGUGUCCUAUGCUUAUAUAAAGGAACGUGAAGAGAUUUCCAGGCUGUCGUACUGUGAGACAUCGAUUCUGAAUGUUUGAACCAGCCCGCGGAUGUUAGCCGUAACUUAUAGAGAAUACAAUUGUGGUGGAAACUGUUAAAAGUGGUGCAACUAUUGCACCAACUAUGUAGUGUUCUGACUCUUUGCUUCGCUUUCCUCAUUUUGUACCAGGGAGGCUCAUAACUUCCAUUUAACUACCGCAGUCUAUCAAGAUAUUGAGUAGACAGAUCAAGACUUAAAACAGAAUCGCGUACAUCUGCACCUUGUGGCAUAGGUACAUAUUUUAUUUAAAAGUACAUCUUUGAACAGGUUUUAUUCUAUUUGAUGUUUGUAGUGCAAUAAAAUUAAAAUAUUCAUUGAAUUUUUAAAAUGUUUUAUUAAACAUUGGUGUAAAAACUA